AUUUUAGUCACUCCUUUUUGCCAGGCAUUGUGCUGAGUGCUUGGGACAUGGGGUAGGAAAGAUGUCUUCAUUGCCUCUGAGUUUAUUGGGAGUUAUGUAAGAGAUAACUGUGAGAUGACUGACUUUUGCUGACUCCUAGCAUUGGAGAAGGAAAUGGCAACCCACUCCAGUGUUCUUGCCUUGAGAAUUCCAGGGAUGGGGGAGCCUGGUGGGCUGCCGUCUAUGGGGUCAUACAGAGUCGGACACGACUGAAGCGACUAAGCAGCAGCAGCAAAGACAUCAUAGGAUGCUGGGCUUAUAACUUGAGUGAUUCUCAGGGUUGCCACUUAAGUAUCUGUGGAAGCCAGAAAGGCAAAGGGGCAAAGGAGGGUUAGCAGGGAACUCUGACAAACUGGGAAGGUAUGUUAAGCAUAGAGUUGCAACAGCUAAUAGUUUUUUCUUAAGGAAAAGCCACAAAGCUUAAUUUUUAUGUGAGCGCUCUUGAUUUUUUCAGUCCUGUCUAUGAAUCCAAAUUUUAAAAAGUGAAAGACCAAACAAAACACCUCUGCAGCCAAAUUUGACCUUGGCUUACCAGUUUGCCAGGCAUUCUGCCAACCUGGCAUCUUUCCCUCUUACAAAACAAUUGAGGGUCCACCAUUUUAGGCACUGGGAGAUAGAGCAGUGAGCCAGCCAGACAAUUUUCUUGCAGAAUGACCCUGGCGGGGGUGGUGGGGUUCUGGUACUGCACUUCUCAAACUUCAGUGUGUGGGAAUCACUGGGUAGAUUCUGAAUUGGGGGGGUCUGCGUUGAGGCCUGAAGCUUUGCCUUUCUAACAAGCUCCCAGGUGUUGAUGAUGCUGGUGGCCCCUGCUGUUAUUUGAAGAAGAGUAGGGGGUUUGUCUGGAAGGUGCGUUUGCCUGGCAAGCAUCCUCUUUAUACUUCGAUUUUAGUUUAUGGGGUGAUUUGGAAGACAGCUGGUGACUUCCGAGGCUGAUAUUAGGGCUCCCCCAUGCAGUCUCUCAUGCUAGGCCUCUGUCCUCAAGAGCUUAUAAUCUAGAAGGCGAGGUGGGGGGUGGAAGGAAGGUGCUGAGAAAAGCUUCCUGGAGGAGGUACUCGCGAACUGCAGGCGCUUCCCCUGCUGCCGAGAAAGGAGAAACCCUGAACUCCCCCUCUUCUGGGGCGGGGUCUCAGCAACCCCACUGCAGCUAUGGUUUCCCAGGCAUCCCACGUGUCUUCCGUCCGCCAUCCCUGCCAAUCAAGCUCCUCCCAGGGGCUGGGUGAGAGUUUAAAGGCGGCUGCAGUGCCGAGCGCUCCCAGAGUGCCGCGCGGCGGGCGGGUUUGGAUUUUAAAUCCCCGCGGCCAAUCAGUAGCGCGUAGGCUCUUGUAACGUUCCCGGCGCCGCGUUUGAAUUCGAGGAGAGGCAGAGCCGUGCCAAGCCUCUGCCUAGAGCCUGCUAGGUCCGCUGGGCAACUCCGGGAACAUGAGUGCGGCGGCAACUGCAGGGAAGCUGGGGCGGGCACCAGCCGACCCAGGGAAAGCGCCCGGAGUUGCAGCUCCCGGGGCUCCGACGGCCGCCGCGCCAGCGAAGGAGAUCCCGGAGGUCCUAGUGGACCCUCGCAGCCGGCGGCGCUAUCUACGGGGUCGCUUUCUGGGGAAGGGUGGCUUUGCCAAGUGCUUUGAGAUUUCGGAUGCGGACACUAAGGAGGUGUUCGCGGGCAAGAUCGUGCCUAAGUCGCUGUUGCUCAAACCGCACCAAAAGGAGAAGAUGUCCAUGGAGAUAUCCAUUCACCGCAGCCUCGCUCACCAGCACGUCGUCGGCUUCCACGGCUUUUUCGAAGACAACGACUUCGUGUUCGUGGUGUUGGAGCUCUGCCGCCGGAGGUCUCUCCUGGAGCUGCACAAGCGGAGGAAAGCUCUCACGGAGCCCGAGGCCCGCUACUACCUGCGGCAGAUCGUCCUGGGCUGCCAGUACCUGCACGGAAACCGCGUUAUUCACAGAGACCUCAAGCUGGGCAAUCUCUUCCUGAACGAGGAUCUGGAGGUGAAAAUAGGGGAUUUUGGACUGGCAACCAAAGUGGAGUAUGACGGGGAACGGAAGAAGACCCUGUGCGGGACUCCUAAUUACAUAGCUCCUGAGGUGCUGAGCAAGAAGGGGCACAGUUUCGAGGUGGACGUAUGGUCCAUUGGGUGCAUCAUGUAUACCUUGUUAGUGGGCAAGCCACCUUUUGAGACCUCUUGCCUAAAAGAGACCUACCUCCGGAUCAAGAACAAUGAAUACAGUAUUCCCAAGCACAUCAACCCUGUGGCCUCCUCCCUCAUCAAGAAGAUGCUUCAGCCAGAUCCCACUGCCCGCCCAACCAUUCACGAGCUGCUCAAUGACGAGUUUUUCACUUCCGGCUAUAUCCCUGCCCGCCUCCCCAUCACCUGCCUCACCAUUCCACCGAGGUUUUCAAUCGCUCCCAGUAGCCUGGACCCCAGCAACCGGAAGCCUCUCACCGUCCUCAAUAAAGGCACGGAGAACCCCAUGCCUGAACGUCCCCGGGAGAAAGAGGAACCAGUGGUGCGGGAGGCCAGUGAGCCCAUCGACUGCCAUCUCGGCGACAUGUUGCAGCAGCUGCACAGCGUCAACGCCUCCAAGCCCUCGGAGCGGGGGCUGGUGAGGCAAGAGGAGGCCGAGGACCCUGCCUGCAUCCCCAUCUUCUGGGUCAGCAAGUGGGUGGACUAUUCGGACAAGUAUGGCCUCGGGUAUCAGCUGUGCGACAACAGCGUCGGGGUGCUCUUCAACGACUCCACGCGCCUCAUCCUCUACAGUGACGGCGACAGCCUACAGUACAUCGAGCGCGACGGCUCAGAGUCCUACCUCACCGUGAGGUCCCACCCCAACUCCUUGAUAAAGAAGAUCACCCUCCUGAAGUAUUUCCGAAACUACAUGAGCGAGCACUUGCUGAAGGCGGGCGCCAACAUCACGCCUCGGGAAGGUGACGAGCUGGCCCGGCUCCCCUACCUGCGGACCUGGUUCCGUACCCGCAGCGCCAUCAUCCUGCACCUCAGUAAUGGCUGUGUGCAGAUCAACUUCUUCCAGGACCACACCAAACUCAUCCUGUGCCCACUGAUGGCCGCCGUAACCUACAUCGACGAGAAGCGGGACUUCCGCACAUACCGCCUGAGCCUCCUGGAGGAGUAUGGCUGUUCCAAGGAGCUGGCCAGCCGGCUGCGCUACGCCCGCGCCAUGGUGGACAAGCUGCUGAGCUCGCGCUCGGCUGCCAACCGCCUCAAGGCCUCCUCAUAGCCCCCCGCCCCCCGGACUGGCGCCUCCUCCCCAACUAGCACCUUGGCCCGCGCUGGUUAGCACCGUGGUGCCACUUUAUAGUGUGUCCCCAGCCCUGGGGGCCGGGGCGAGACCUUCGUCAUCCCUGCAGGUGGGGGCUGCUGUGUAAGUUAUUUUUGUACAUGUUCCGUGUGGGUUCUGUGGCCUCUCCCCUUGCCCUCAGGCCCACCCUAUGAAUUGUACAGAACGUGGCUGUUGAAUUCGGGACUGUGCUUGCCUUUAUACGCAUUAAACAUACGUGAAUCUUC